AAUUGUUAAAUCCAAAACAGUGAGGGCGCACGCACGUUGGGUUCCCCCUUUCCUGAGGGUGCAACUAACGAAAACAACCAUUACCAGAGAAAGAGACGCCUCCGUCACUGCCAAAAGGCGCUAAGAAAAGCUUCAAAUCUCGCAUUGUAUGUUCAAUUAAAAGUCUAGGGUUAGGGUUUUUCUCACCGAAUCGGGCAGGGAUGAAGCAGCUGUUACACGGCCAUCAGAGCCAUUCUCAGAGAACGGCUUUUGCUGGUCUUCUCGUAAUUCUGCUUCCCAUUUUCUUCCCUCGCGUCUUUGGUCCCUUGGGCCGAGCCUCGCCUUCUCUCUUCUCCGAAUGGAUUGCUCCAAAACCUAGACAUUUGCCACUUCUAAAAGCUGCUUUAAAUCGCCAUAUUCUCAGUAGACAACAGUCUGAGCUUUGGUCCCCUUUGCCUCACCAAGGAUGGAGACCUUGCACUGACCACUCAACUCUGCCUUCGUUACCUAAAAAAUCUGAUGGGUAUAUUCAAGUAUUUCUUGAUGGAGGAUUAAACCAACAAAGAAUGGGAAUAUGCGAUGCUGUUGCUGUUGCUAAAAUACUAAAUGCAACUCUUGUAAUCCCACACCUUGAAGUAAAUCCAGUCUGGCAAGAUUCAAGUUCAUUCGUGGAUAUAUUUGAUGUCGAUCAUUUUAUUGAUGUCCUACGCGAAGAAAUUUCUAUUGUUAAAGAGCCCCCCAGUGAGUACUCUUGGAGCACACGUGAGUAUUAUGCGACAGGUAUAAGAGCUACUAGAAUCAAGACCGCACCUGUCCAUGCUUCAGCUCACUGGUAUCUGGAAAAUGUUUUGCCCGUACUGCAGAGUUAUGGCAUUGUUGCUAUUGCCCCUUUUUCUCACCGCUUGGCUUUUGACAAAUUGCCUACAAACAUCCAACGCCUACGGUGUAAAGUGAAUUUUGAAGCUUUAGCGUUUGUUCCUCAUAUAAAGUCAUUGGGAGAUACGCUUGUUAAUCGCCUCCGGGAUCCUUCUGCUGCCUCAGGGACUGAGUUCCUGAAGGAGAGAAGAGGUGAUGCUGAAAAAGAGGGAUCUGGAAAGUUUGUUGUGUUACAUCUUCGCUUUGAUAAAGAUAUGGCUGCACAUUCAGCAUGUGAUUUUGGCGGUGGUAAAGCUGAAAAACUUGCUCUUGCCAAAUAUCGCCAAGUUCUUUGGCAAGGAAGGGUUUUAAACUCACAGUUUUCAGAUGAGGAGUUGAGAAGUCAGGGUCGUUGUCCAUUGACGCCUGAAGAGAUUGGGUUAUUGCUAGCAGCUUUAGGUUUCAGCAAUAAUACUCGGCUCUAUCUUGCUUCACACAAGGUUUACGGUGGAGAAGCAAGGAUCUCUACCUUGAAGCAACUAUUCCCCAUGAUGGAAGACAAGAAGAGCCUGGCCUCUGCAGAGGAACUGGCUGAAGUUGAAGGCAAGGCUUCUCUAUUGGCUGCAGUUGACUAUCAUGUGAGCUUGCAGAGCGACAUCUUUAUAUCUGCCUCCCCAGGAAACAUGCACAAUGCUUUGGUGGGACACAGAGCUUACCUGAACCUGAAGACUAUAAGACCAAACAUGGUGCUGCUGGGCCCGCUCUUCCUGAAUAAGAGCAUGGAAUGGCCAGAGUUUCAGCUUGCAGUGGUUAAUGGGCAUAAGAGUAGACAAGGGCAGAUUAGAUUGAGAAAGGAGAAGCAAUCAAUAUAUACAUACCCUGUUCCUGAUUGUAUGUGUCAAUUAUAACUGUGAAUGAUGGAUGCAGAAGUUUUAAAUGCAAGUUUGUGCGUAAUUAUGAGCAAGUGCUGCUCGCUUUUUCUGAGUUGUGCAUAGCUACGGUCUAGAAUAUUUUGGUUUUGCAUUUUGCUUGAAUUUGUGAUUAUAGAUAUGGAGAUUGGUUUCAAUCUUA